CGAGAGUGAUGGACUGUCAUACACUCUCAUUUGGCUGUGUGCAGUCUGAGUUUCUGCCAUCAUGAACCUGAAGCUACUCUUCCUUUUCCUCUUUCUUGCUGUGAUCCUGAGCACUGCUGAAACAAAACCUCGCAAACACAAAAAACACCAUCGUCAUCGUCAUCCUCACCAUCAUCACAACCAUGAACAUGACCAUGAUCAUGGUCCUCAUGAUAUUCGGGGUCAUAAACAUGGAAAACAUGCAAAAAGGAAAGAACGAUUUCAAGAUAUAAUUAACGACUUUUUCUUUGGAUAUAUGGGAGAGAUUCCUGAUGAUGAUGACGACGAUGACCCAAGUGAAUGGCUGUAUGACCUUCAAGAGCCAGAGGGUCAAUGUAACCCAAACCCUUGCGAAAAUAACGGCGUAUGCAAGGAGAAAGGAAAGAACAAAUUCAAAUGUAACUGUCGAAAACCUUUCAAGGGAAGACGAUGCGAGAGAGGACCUAAGAUUUGCAAGAGAGGUACAUGUGGCCGUGGAGAAUGUGUGCUGACUUCCACGCCACCAUUUUAUGAGUGCAAAUGCAGGCACCCCUUCCAACCUCCAAACUGUAGAACAUUUAAUCUAUGUGAGCCUAAUCCAUGUAAGAAUGGAGGACAGUGUGUCAGGGAUGGUAACGACUUUGACUGCACGUGUCCUUCAGGCUUCAGAGGUCGUUUCUGCCAUGUUGGCCCAAAUGACUGUUUUGAGGAGGAUGGCGAGUCAUAUCGAGGCACAGUGAGCGAGACAAUUGACGGUGACGAAUGCCUCUACUGGAAUUCUCAUUUCAUCCUGGAGAAAGGAACGGAUCCUUUCAACUCAUUUGAAGACAGUGAUGGCCUUGGCCCACACAACUUCUGCAGAAACCCAGAUGGUGACUUGACACCAUGGUGUUUCUACAGAAGAGGCCAAAAGCUGCUAUGGAACUACUGUGAUGUAGAUGAGUGUCCUGAAGAUGGAAGUGACACUCCACCUCCCACUGUGCGUCCAGUUCCAGUGGAUCCGCCUAAAAUACCAACUCCUCCUAGGCCUACUCCUGAAAAGCCCAAGCCAACACCUGCCCCAACCCAAAAACCCACUCAGUCCCCACAACCCAGCGAAGCUUCGCCAACUCCAACACUUUCUUCAAACCAAUUCAGUACUUGCGGUAGGCCUCAGCCCAAGAAAGUUAUGACCCGGAUCUUUGGAGGCUUGAAGGUACCUCCAGGGGCAUUACCCUGGCAAGUGUCCCUGCAAGUGAGACCCAAGAGAACCACUCAGCCAUACAAGCACAUAUGUGGGGGUGUUCUCAUUGACAGCUGCUGGAUACUGACAGCUGGACACUGCAUUGAACGGGGAAAUGACAUGCAGGUGGUUAUGGGAGGGCUCUCUCUGGACGCUGAUGAGCCCAGUGAACAGGUCUUUAAUGUUGAAGAGGCUGUUGUUCAUGAGAACUACAGGGAGACUCCAGUAUCAGUCCACAAUGACAUUGCGUUGCUGCGACUGGAAGGCACUAAUGGUUUUUGUGCCAAUGAGACUCAGUUUGUGAAGGCAGCCUGUUUGCCUGAGGGCCCGAUGGCUGAUGGGGAGGAAUGUACCAUUUCUGGAUGGGGUGCUACUGAAGAAUCUGACUAUGGUUCCAACCAUUUACUGGAGGCCAAUGUUCUGCUUAUCAACCAGGAGAAAUGUUCUGAGAGCAAAAUUUAUGGUUCUUCUUUGGAUAAUAGCAUGUUCUGCGCUGGCUAUCUACAAGGAGGGGUUGAUUCUUGUCAGGGCGACUCGGGAGGACCGCUGACCUGUAAGCGGAAUAACGUUCAUGUUCUUUAUGGUUUGGUCAGCUGGGGAGACCAAUGUGGAGCGAAGAAUAAACCUGGGGUCUAUGCACGGGUCACUCACUUUCUGGACUGGAUCAAAUCAAAAACUCAAACAUCAUCUUAAUGAAAAGCAUCAGUAGUCCAGCUCUAAGCUUGGGGCUAGUGAUGCACUGAACCUCACUCACUAUGAGUCUGGAUUUAGUGUUUGUGCAGUCGACUUAUUUUGGACUGUAAAUGUAAUUAUACAUAGCACAGUCAUUUAUGAAUAAGGUUGACACCUUUAAGUGUUCUGCGCAUUUGUUUAUGAGGUGACAAUUACGAUGAUAUCAGUAAAGUUCACUUGGUGUCAUUAACAUUAUACACAUUGCUGGUUUUGUUUAGUUUAAUUGACUGAACAUGAUUUAUAGACAUAGAUUUAGUCAAAUUGUGAUAACAAACUGAAUAAAACAUGGAUUUUGUUACUCUAUAAGAGAAGACAUGGGUUCUCAGGGUGAUUAGUGAAUGUCAACAGCAAUACACACAAAAAUGAAAUGUCACACACGUAUUCCAGAUUGAUUGGCUUCAUUUUCUCUGUAAAUCACAUCUGCAUGGUACACUGACAUAAGCCACUGACCUCAGUGUUGUAGCCUACUGUGCUGGGGCCUGAAGGUCAUAUACAGUGUUGCGAAUAACUCCGUUAUAAAUAACGCCGUUACAUAAACAGCGUUAUUUUUUCAGUAACGGGGUAAUCUAACUAAUUAUUUCUUCCGCCAUUACAACGCCGUUACCGUUAUGAUGGUCAAAAGCAGUGCGUUACUUACUUUGAAUAAAUUGAAGGAACUACCAGC